GUCAAACUGUCACUCCACGUGAGAAGAAAUUAAAAGCCGGCUGGUGUUGUUGGUGGUGAGCGGAGCAAAAAGCAUUUAAAACCACAACUUUUACCCACUACCUCCACCGCUACGAUGGCGACGGAACACAAAGUGAACCCCUCGGUAUCGCUAUACCUCAACGCGGCCUGCGAUCUAGUGGCGGAGAUAGAGAACGCAUCCAAGGUAAACUGUAGCUCCGUCACCGUACCCAUCGUGCACUGGAACUACGAGCGAGAGUUUGUGCGCGAACCACUCCGUUCGAAGCACGUGCAAUUUACGAGAUCGGAUCUACUGCUUUCCUCCUCACAAUGGCUCAACAGGGUAAUCUGUCGCAUCGGAGACAAUCUGGAUCUGGACUCGCCGAUCGAUUGCAUUCGCAGACAGGCGGAACGCACCAUCCGGCAGGAACUGUCGUUCGCCGAGCAUUUGGUGCAGAAUGGGUACAUGUACACCAGGCUGACAAAGCGGGACUGUACCAACUUUGCGCGGAUAGUUGGGUGUGGUGCAACGAAAGGAACGCUGCUGGUAGAAUUGCCUCUUACCAACCCGAAGCUUACGCAGAACAGCUGGCGGCGUGAUAUGGACGGUGAGGCGGACGAGGAAGAGGACAAUCCAUGGCACUGGUGGAAUACCUUCCGUACCCAUGCGGACUCUAAUGCGGUUAUAAAGGUAGCACUGGAGUUGACGGCAGACGUGCCGAAGCAGGAUGAAAUCUAUCGCUGGCUGGGUGAACCGAUCGAUGUGAUCGUGGUGCCGGCAAACAUUUUCCUGACCAAUGCCAAAAACUAUCCGGUACUGUCGAAGGCUCACCAGUCGCUGUUGAAACAGUUUUACCAAACGUUUGGCUGCCAUUUCAUACUGAAGGCGAACCCGGCCGACGGCCAUAUCGCUCACUACGUUGACUACAUCAAGCACCUGAUACAGCAGCGAUUCGCGAAGGAUCCGACGCAAGGGUACGAGGAUUAUGCCCAGACGCCGCUCCAACCGCUGUACGACAAUCUGGACGCUAUGACGUACGAAGUGUUCGAGAACGAUCCUGUAAAGUAUAUUUUCUACCAAAAUGCCAUCGAACAGGCACUGCUUGACCGGGUACCGAAGGAGGAACGCGACACGAAGGUGUCGAUCAUUAUGGUAGUCGGUGGCGGACGAGGACCACUAGUUCGUGCCGCCCUGAACGCUUCCCAGACGACGGGCUGCAAGGUGAAGGUGUACGUCAUAGAGAAAAACCCGAAUGCGAUUGUCACGCUGAGGGCGCACAUCAACGAGGUCUGGCAGGAGGGAAUGGUCGAGCUGAUUUCGACCGAUAUGCGAGAGUUUAAUCCUCCGGAAAAAGCCGACAUACUGGUGUCCGAGCUGCUCGGUUCGUUCGGUGACAAUGAGCUUUCGCCGGAGUGUCUCGACGGGGCACAGAAACAAUUGAAGGAAGAUGGAAUCAGUAUACCGUGCCAAUCCACUUCCUACAUUAAUCCGUGCUUUGCCUCGAAGGUGUACAACCAGGUGCGCACGUUGGAGCGCCCUGCGCAAGCUAAAGACCGAGUCAUCUCUUCACGUCACAUGGAGCAAAUGUAUGUGGCGUAUCAGAAAAACGUGUACCACAUUGACGAUCCGCGAGAGCUGUUCGUGUUCGUCCAUCCGAACAAGGACAGUGAUCCGAUCGAUAACAACCGAUACCGGACGGUGCGGUUCCGUGCUUCGCUCGACUGCGUGAUGAACGGCUUUACGGGCUACUUUGACACGGUGCUGUACAAGGACAUCGUGCUCAGCAUCCAUCCGUUUACGCACACCAAGGCACUGGCGUCCUGGUUCUCGAUGUUCAUACCGCUGACCGAUCCGGUGCAGUUGAAGAAGGGCGACGAGAUAACGGUCCACUUCUGGCGCUGUGUCGCAUCGCACAAGGUGUGGUACGAGUGGUGCCUCAGUACGCCGGUUGUCACGCAUGUACACAACAUUGAUGGCCGGGGGCAUCCGAUUUGGCUGUAAGACAAGCAUUACCUCAGGACAACUAUUGUAACGCAUAAGCGGGUGUAUUUUUUAUCGCUUCAAAGAAGUAAGAAUAAAUGUUGAAUGGAAGGAAGAAUAAACAGCAACUACGUGUCUUGCUAUAUGAAA